AUCAUGGGAAACAUACACCACAGAGUUAAUAUGGUUCUGAUCGCAUUGGUUAUGGCAAUGUCUGCACAUGAAUUUCUCACUCCUCAAGAAAACCAAUCAACUUCUUCAUCAGAACUUCCAAUGAAUAGUACUUCAGAUGGACAAAACGACUCACCGGGAAGAGCUGAAGCCCACUCUGCCUGGCCCAUUGUGCUCGGUGCGUUGACAGCAGUGCUUUCCAUCGGCCUCCUGAUAGCACUGGCCGUGAGGUACCGCUUCUUCCGAUGGUGCCUGACCAGAAACAGUCCCGCUUUAUUACUGGAGGGAGAAACGGCCAGUCAGUUCAGCCAAGCUGGAGAUCUGGAGAGAGAGAUCCCAGUGCAUGGCAUGAGGGGCAGAAUGAUCCGGAGGGGAGAAAGUUCAGAUGAUGAUGAUGAUGAUGGCUUCAUCGAGGAUAACUACAUCCAGGCAAACGAGAGAGAGAAAGCAGAGGAAGAGGAAAUCCAGCAGGAAGAUACUGAAGACAGUGAUGAUGAACUGGUCAUUCCAGACACUAUAUACGCGAACUGA